AUGUUCUCUUCGUUCUCCCAAUCAGGGCCAGGUGACCUCAACGGGUCCGUCUGGGAGUCAACAGUCGAAGGCACGCAGCACUUCCCUGACUUCCAGGAAGGCGGAGCAACAGAUGCGUUCUCCCCUUUCAGCCUGGGACAGGUCACUACAAGCCAAGGAGAGGAGCCAAUCGAGGAUUUCCAGAACAAGUGGGCCAUCCCAUCUGUCCAGGAUGCGACUCCUGUCGCCCCUACCUCAGCGCCCAUGCGCCGGAUCACUUCCGGGAGUUCCACUGGAAGCCACAGACGCAGCCGUCCAUCAAGCAGGUCGCAGAGGAGACUGCGGGUCACGCUUGCCCAAGCGCCUCAGAUAUCAUAUGACCAACUUGCGGGUAAUGCCUCGAUGGCGGCUGUCGGUCAGUACAUGGAGAUGGAGAGCGCACUUCCUGUAACCCAUGCCUUCUAUCCCGGACUUACUUCUGCCGGGUUCUCUCCCGAUGCCCUGGCCUAUGGACCCUCCAUGGCUCAUGCUCUGCAACCCCACGUGAACCCUACCUGCACCCAGAUGGAUCUUGAGCCCGGCUUGACUUGCCAGUCACCUAGCCACUCUUGGGACUCUGCUUCCAGCACUGGUUUGGCUAGGACGCCAUCCCCCGGGGCUGUCGACGAGGCUUGGAUUGCACCGCAGCUGGUCUCGUCGCCCACGGAUACCACAGGAUGCUCACCAAUCUUCCACGGUCAAUCGCCCAGGUUGAGCCGGAAAUAUGGAGCACAUUUGCCUCUUGAGGGACCCAUGAGCGGACUUCAUCCCAAUGGGUUCCCCGACGAGUUCUCUCUGCCCCCAGCCUUCGCCGCUACCCGCAUCAGCGGUACCGAAGUAGAGUCGCCCCGUGAUCACGAAUGGUACAAGGCUGGCCCGCGUGCCGAUGGCCUGUACCACUGCCCCUUGGAGGGCCAGGAAAACUGCAACCACAAGCCCGAGAAGCUCAAGUGCAACUACGAUAAAUUUGUGGACUCCCACCUGAGGCCCUACAGGUGCAAGCAGGAGGCUUGCGAGAACCUCCAAUUCUCGUCUACAGCGUGCCUUCUUAGGCACGAGCGUGAGGCCCACGGCAUGCACGGCCACGGCGCUAAGCCCUACCUGUGCACGUAUGAGGGCUGCGACCGCGCCCAGCCCGGCAAUGGCUUCCCUCGCCACUGGAACCUGAAGGACCACAUGAAGCGCGUGCACAACGACGUGGCACCAGCACAGUCCUCGUACGCCGCCGGAAACUCGCCCCCGUCGUCGUCCUCGAGCCAGGCCCAGGCUGCCAAGAUGCGCAAGCGCAAGAAGGAUGAUGUUACCGCCAUCUCUGCGGGCGUUAGAAAGUCGAGCUCCAAGGGCCCUACCUCGGCGCCGACUGCCUCCAAGGUCGAGAAGCGCCUGGCAGAAGCGGCCGAGAGGUGGUACGCUCACCAGCAGAGGCUAUCCGACGUGCUCUCUGGUUUCACCCAGCCCGACGACCCACUCAUGCUCCAACGCCUCCGUGACGCCCAGGAGCAGCUGGAGGCCAUGACCAAGAUCUCUACCGGUCUCGCUCAGAAGAAGCCCAUGAAAGCUUAG